AUGGCAACCCCUUAUCUAUUAUGGCUUGCGGGCAAGGAGCAGCAGGGCGGGGAAGCUUUAAUUCCCAUUGAGAACCCUUCUACUGGAGAGAUCUUCGCGCAGUGUCACGCGGCGUCGGAAAAAGACGUGGAAGAUGCAGUUCAGGCUGCUCAUUUGGCAUACAAAGCCGGUGUAUGGUCUCAGAAAAGUCGUCAUGAGCGCGCAGAUGUUCUUGAGAAAUGCUCGGUUCUACUCUCGGACGCCCUGGCGGAACUCAUCCCGUUGGAAGUGAAGCAAACAGGUCGAGCCAUUCGGGAAAUGAAGGCUCAGGUCCCAUCCCUUGUAAAAUGGUUCAAAUAUUAUGCCUCAAUUCUUCGAGUGGAAGAGCGAUCAGUUCUUCCAACAAUGGGCAAGUUGCAUAACUUCAUCGACCGUGUGCCUUUAGGUGUGGUGGUUCAGAUCACUCCGUUCAACCACCCACUCCUUAUUGCUGUGAAGAAGCUGGCUCCAGCUCUCGCUGCGGGGAACAGUGUUAUUCUGAAGCCUAGUGAGCUGACACCUUUGAGUUCGCUUCUUCUGGGGAAGAUUCUUCAUCGUGCCGGUAUACCAGCUGGUGUGUUCAGUGUCUUGCCAGGCUAUGGCGCCACAACUGGAAAAGCUCUAGUGUCCCAUCCUCUUGUACGAAAAGUUGAUGUCACCGGGGGUACUGCUGCAGGGAAAGCGAUCGGGGCAAUCGUUGGUGGCAAUUUGGCCAAAUAUACUGCGGAGCUAGGCGGCAAGGCUCCAUUGAUAGUAUUCGAAAAGGCUAACAUUGAUGUCGCUGUAAACGGAAUUGCUUUUGGAAGCUUUAUUGCAAGUGGCCAGACAUGUGUUGCCAGUACGAGAAUCAUCGUUGCCAACAAGAUUAUGGAUCAAGUGCUACAGCGAUUGAAAGAUAAGGUUCAUGGAAUCACGAGACGAAUGGGGUCCCCCAGCAACCCUGAGACGAUGAUGGGGCCGUUGGUAUCAGAGAAGCAGUUACAGAAUGUGGAAAAGCUAGUGAAAGAUUCUCUAGCAGAUAAUGCAAAGGCCCUUAUCGGUGGUGCUCGCAUGCGCGGCAUAAGCUCUCUAGACGGAUUCGAAUUUUCACGGGGAUAUUAUUAUGAGCCGACAGUCCUUGUCUCCAAAACAUCUAAUAAUAUUGUCAACUCAUCUAUAUGGCACCAAGAAGCAUUUGGGCCCGUGAUUCUGGUUGUUGGCUUUGAUACGGAAGAGGAGGCUGUCGCGCUCGCCAAUGACACCGAGUUCGGCCUGGGUGCGGGCAUCUGGACGGAAGACCUCAGUCAAGCGUUCUCGGUCUCCGAACAGAUUGAAGCUGGGAUUGUCUGGGUGAAUACUCAUCACCGAAAUGACCCGAGUAGCCCCUGGGGGGGAGUCAAGGCUUCAAGUGGCGUGGGAAGUGAGAAUGGGGUUGAUGCUUAUCAUGCUUACUCAUUAACGAAAAGCACCAUCAUGAAUUUUGCAACUGCGGAGGAGUCACUCGCAAAUGAUGACUGGUUUAGCGAAGCAGCAUCUAAUGUUAGAUACGGAUGA